CGUUGCAGAUUCUAAUUAAGCACAUGACCCACACCCAACGAAAGCAAUAAUGUAUGAAUCCAUGAGUCCGUCUCCGUUUGUUAAUUUUUCUAGAAUCAUACGACUUGAAAUUGCGUUCAUAGCAGAAGGUGCAUGUGAACUCCGGGGGAGGUGCUGGCAACUCGCCAUUUCUCUUGAAUUGACUCAAUCAACUCCAUUUUAUGUAGACUGAGUCUGAGUCAAGCUCACUUUCAAAGACCCGGCCGCAACUUGUUUCAUAUUCAUUCCCACUUUCAUCUUCUCACUCUCCACUCCAUCAAUGGCGCCCUCUCGCCUUCACUUCGUGCUCGUCCCGCUGCUAGCUCAAGGCCACAUGAUCCCCAUGAUCGACAUGGCCAAGCUGCUGGCCGAGCACGGCGUCACCGCCAGCCUAGUCACCACGCCGCACAACACCCCGCGCUUCGCCAACACCAUCCACCGCGCCCGCGCCGCAGGCCUCCACAUCAACCUCAUCGAAAUCCCCUUCCCCUCCGAGGAGGUCGGCCUGCCCCCGGGCUGCGAGAACCUCGACACUGUCCCCUCGCGCCACCUCAUACGACAAUUCUACACCGCCCUCGACAAGCUCCAGCCCGCUCUCGAGCACCACCUGGCGGAUCUGGAUCCGCCGCCGAGCUGCAUCAUCUCCGACAAGUGCCUCUCCUGGACCUCCGCCACAGCCGAGAAAUUCCACGUCCCGCGCGUCGUGUUCCACGGCAUGUGCUGCUUCUCGCUCCUGACGUCGCACAAUGUGAAGCUCCACAGGCCUCACCUCGCCGUCCAAUCCGACUGGGAACCGUUUCUGAUCCCGGGAUUGCCCGUCCGCGUGGAGAUAACGCGCGCGCAGCUGCCCGGCUCUUUCGUGGCGCUGCCCGAUCUGGACGACAUCAGGGAGCAAAUGCAGCAGGCGGAGUCCAGCGCUUACGGCGUCGUCGUCAACAGCUUCCCCGAAUUGGAGGCCGGCUGCGCCGAGGUUUAUGAAAAGGCGAUGAAGAAGAAGGUAUGGUGCAUCGGGCCAGUGUCCCAGUGCAAUCGGGAGGCCACGGACAAGUUCGAGAGAGGGAACGCGGCGUCGAUCGAGGAGAGCAAGUGCUUAGAGUGGCUGGAGUCGAUGAAGCCGAGAUCGGUUGUUUACGUGUGCCUGGGGAGCCAGUGCCGGCUGGUGGCGGCUCAGCUGAAGGAGAUAGGGCUGGGGCUGCAAGCGUCGAUGCAUCCGUUUAUCUGGGUGAUAAGCAGAUACGAGGAGGUGGAGAAAUGGCUGGAGGAGGAGGGUUUCGAGGAAAGGGUAGGGGGGCGGGGGCUGGUGAUCAAGGGGUGGGCGCCGCAGCUCAUGAUCUUGUCGCACCCCACAGUGGGGGGGUUCCUCACGCACUGCGGGUGGAACUCCACGAUCGAGGGGGUGUGCUCGGGGGUGCCCAUGCUCACGUGGCCCAUGUUUGCGGAGCAGUUCCUUAACGAGAAGCUCAUCGUGGACGUGUUGGGGAUCGGGGUGCGCGUGGGCGUACAGUUCCCAGUGAGGUGGGGAGACGAAGAGAAGGUGGGAGUUGUUGUGAGGAAGGAGCAGGUUGAGGAGGCGGUGGUCAUGUUGAUGGAUGGAGGAGGAGAAGAUCGCCGGAGGAGGGCGCGGGAUUUAGCGGUGGUGGCCAUGAGUAAGACGGAGACCGGUGGAUCUGCACAUCUUAACGUCGCGCUUCUCAUUCAGGACAUUCUCGACCAAUCACUUGUCAAUUCUAAUUGAUUUUCUCUAUAUCUAUAUUAUGUUGGAUUUUACUGUCCCUACUCACAGUCCACUCCCAUGCCAACGAGCUAUAAACUAUCUCCCGUUCUAAAAUUAAAAAUUAAAAAAGGUAUUUUGAAAGAUAUACAAACUAAAUUAGGAUAUAAUCUAAUGUAUGGGGAUAUUUGCUAAAUUACCUACCUUUUAAAAAUUGUCUACCACAUAUAUCCAUUCUUGAUAUUGUCUAUAAUUUAUAGUCCCCCCCCCCCCCCCCCCGUUUUUUUUUAAUAUUUGUUUGUAUGUAGAAACUUGUUAUGUGUCAUUAUUGUACAAUGAUUGGCGGCGUGAAUCUUGUAAUUUGUACUUAAUACACCCUUUUAUCUCCUGUAAUUUAGUGUGUUUCACUCUUAAUUAUUACUUUAUCUGUGCACGAAAGAAUUUUUUUUUUUUUUUGUACGUCAACAAAAGAACUUCUGCCUAUUUUUGGACUA